AUUCAGGCUCUAACUGCUUAACGAAGGCUUAGCAUAAAAACACGUUUUAAACUGACCAAAACGAAAACCGGUAUUACAGGAUAAGACAUUUAGACUUCAUCGCCCACGCGAAGGUCUUAAGAGAAAUUUCACAUAGUAAGCAACAUUCGUUGUACAUCUGCGCAUGACCGUGGACUUCCGUAUUUUUCAGCCGCAGCAAAUGAACGCUUCUGUUAGCGAAUCCUCUUCUUUCAGUUUAACGGCAUCUGAUAAAUCUUGUUGGACGAAUGUACUGUAUUUCAAAUAGUAUUAUAUGUAGGACUAGGACUGGAAUGAUAACCGCUGUUUUGGAAAUACUGCUGUUUGUUUAAAUGCACUUGUAUAGGAAUUCGACUAUAUGGGGCAUGGUAAAUUCACCCCGAAAUGCAAAAUAUUUUUGCGGUUGUAGUACUGUGGAGAUACUGUAUGGGUUAUAUACAUUUGGACUGGAGAGGUAGCUCUGUUCAUCUUUUUACACUUUCAUUGUGGAACUUUUCCUGAGUUAUAUACAGCAUGGACAUCGAAGAAGCUUUCAAAGUAGUGGGUGAAAUGGGGGCUUACCAAAUCUACCUAUGUUUUCUUUUGGGUGUAUUGUUGCAGCUGUAUACAGCCACAGAAGCGCUUCUUAUUGCGCUGGUGGGUGCAACACCUUCUUACUAUUGGGACCAUGAGGAAUACACCAUCAAUACAAGUCAUGCUAUGCAGUGGGAAAGUGAAGAGCAUGAGUUCAGGGAAUGGCUGAAAGAAGCCAACAAAAGUGAUCUUCAAAGCCACUUACACUUCAAUGGAAGUUUCACAUCUAUUGUCACUGAGUGGUUUUUAGUGGGUGAUUCGGAAUACAAGGUCAGUCUUGCCAGUUCCUUAUUUUUUGGUGGUGUGCUUGUAGGGGUGAUUUUCUUUGGUCAGCUGUCUGAUCGGUUUGGGAGAAAAAAGGUCUACCUCAUAGGUUUUGCACUGGAUAUCCUGUUUGCAGUUCUAGGUGGCCUUGCCCCUUCUUACUGGGUCUUUGCCACUCUCCGAUUCCUGGUGGGUGUCAUGAAUGGUGGAAUGUCAUUGGUGGCCUUUGUUUUACUGAAUGAGUAUGUUGGGCUUUCCUACUGGGCAUUGACAGGGUCCCUGGGUAGCAUCUUCUUUGCUGUAGGAAUUGCCACAUAUGCACUGCUUGGAUAUUUUCUGCACUCGUGGAGGAUUCUUGCACUCGUAGCUAAUCUGCAAGGCCUGGUGGUCAUAAUGCUAUCUGUAUUUAUUCCAGAAUCACCUCGCUGGUUGUAUGCCCAGGGUCGAAUCAGUGAGGCAGAAGAUGUCCUAUAUCUUAUUGCCAAGAAAAAUCGCCAACAAAAGUACACAUUUUCACUCAAAUCAGCAGCAGAUCGGUCUUGCGGAGAAACUGGCAGCUUUUUGGACCUGUUUUGUAAUCGUAUCCUGUUGGGAAGAACCUUGAUCAUGAUGUAUAUCUGGUUUGUUUGUAGCCUGGUGUACUAUGGCCUUACUCUAAAUUCUGGAAAUUUGGGUGGCAACAUUUAUUUCAACUUGGCAUUGUCUGGACUGAUUGAAGUGCCUUCUUACCCAGUAUGCAUUUAUCUUAUUAAUAAAAAAUGGUCUGGUCGUAAACGAACAUUAGCGGGAUUUCUGCUUAUAGGUGGAUUUGUUUCUCUAGUGGUGAUGUUUCUUCCAGAAAUGAAAGAAACGGGAGUGUUUUCAGUUCUGAACAGUCGAUCUUUGUCAUUAAUGGGAAAACUAACCAUCAGUGCUGCUUUCAACAUUGUAUACAUCUACUCAUCCGAGCUUUAUCCCACAGUAGUCAGGAACGUUGGAAUUGGUGCUUGCUCUAUGUUCUCUCGGUUCGGUGGAAUUGUUGCUCCAUUUGUUCCAUCACUGAAAUCACUACUACCUACUUUGCCGUUUCUUGUUUUUGCUGCUUCUGGUCUGACUGCUGGAUUACUAAGCCUAUUUCUACCAGAAACACUGAAUAUGCCCCUGCCAGAGACAAUGGCUGAUCUGCAAGCUGGCUCAUAUAGAAGACUAGUGGAUGAAGCUUUACUACUGCAGACACUAAGAGAUAAUGAGACUGAAGAACAAGGCAGUGCUGAAGAAAGCAGUGGGAAUGAGGAAUAUUUUGAUGCCGAUGAAGAAACCCAGAUGAUAGCUUAAUAGCUGUGAAAAACUUGAUGGUAGUAAUCUUUACCUCCAGCUGAAAAGUAAAAACGCAGCUAAAUACAAAGAAAUGGAUACUAAAAAGACUGCAGUUUACCUCAUAUUCCUUUUUUAUACACUACUGUGUAGUGACUUCAAGUUCCAACAUGUUUCCUUGUGUAUAAUGAGAUAAUCAGUUCACUGUAGGUCCUAAGUAUAAUGUCAUGGUUUCUGUAUUGUAUUUUAAACUGCUGUUUGCAAGCAUCUUGAAAUCAAGUUUGGUUUAGUUGCACAGGGUAUCAGUUAUAUCUAGUGUACUUUAAAGAUAUACAUAAAUGAAAUAUGUAAUGAACAGAAUAAUGUCUGAGCAGCAAUUUUUCAGGUACACAAAUUCACAUUUUUCUGUGGCAUAACUGUUGUGAAAUUGAUUCUGGAUGUAGUGCAUUCUUCUGUUUUAAUAAUGUGAAGUAACAUUGCACAACUGAUGUGUUUUUGAGUAAGAGGUAGCAAAGGUGUUGUGCAGUUUUCUUUCCAAACAAAGUGAUCCCAAAGGUCCUGGUAUAAGAACUGUCCUCAAGGUGUUUAUUGCUUUGACUUUUGUAUUGCAUGAUGCUAUUCCUCUGAGAGCAGAUCACAGUUACUGAAAAAGAAGCUAACCAGAACAACCUGUUUUUUUAUUUAUUUUAAUUUAAAUGCUUAUAGAUAAUUUUUAAAUAUUUAUAAUUUUAUAAGUAACAUGUUAAAUUCAGAGAAACUAUGUCAUGUCAUUUAAAUUGGUUAUGUUUUCUCUUUCCUUUAAUAUGUUUACAUCUUUAGGAUAUCAGGAAAAAUAUGAUAGCUGCUUUUUAAUGUUUGGUAAUCUCUUCCUUGAAAAAUGAUGUGAUACUUUUCACAAAAUAUAGUAUCUUAGCAUUUGUUUUAUUUGUGAUUGUAUCCUGUUUUUUAUAUGUAUUAUUUCCAGUUGUUAAGGAGCCCUGUUUUAAAAAUCAUUCAAAUCCCACCCCCCCCCCAACACACACACACACACACACACA